AUGAGUAACAAUCAAGACGAAAGCGACGAAGAGAGCUCUAGAAAGCGCCUUACAGUUCCUAGCGGCUUUAGAAACCUACUUGAAAAUCUCACCUUGGAAAUUUUGCGGUCGAACCCAAGUGACAUUUACAAAUUUGCGGCUGAGUAUUUUAAAUCAAGGUUGCAGGAAAGACAAGGUAGGCGUAUUGUACAAUACUGUUGUUAUAUCUGUAAUCGUAUUUGUAGGACUUGUAGUUUAAGAAUGAAGAGUCGGUCGUUCGAGGUACAAGACAAGCGCUUGGAUUUUCGCGAGGUCUUUAUCAAUAACACAGUUACUCAAACAUGCGUCACUCGGCGCUGUUCACACUUCCAAAAACAACAUUCGAACUGAUUUUGUUUCCUUCCAAGUUUUAGUACCACGUGUAUCGAAACAAGAUUUCGUAUUUGCCCCCUAUCCUUCUGAAAAUCAAUAGUACAGUUUCUCAAAAGCUUUCAAACAUGGAAAGUCCUAUCAGUUUUUACAUCAGUGGUCCUGUCAGCUGCUCCGUUGACUAUUUUUAAAGGACUAUCCAGGGUGAUCAGUUUUGUUUAUGUUUUCUCGCGAGUUACAAAAUAUUUUGAAGCAAAAAGUGGCAUUUGAUCACCUUGUCAAUCCUUGUAAUUUUGAACGUUAAAUACGGCUUCAGUCCUGUUGAUAUGAAAUUGUCAAGACGGUACAGGAGCAAUCGACACGUCGAAUGAUAAUGAAUGAGUCGCCCCUACUGGGCCAAUUUCGAUGUCAGGGUAAUUUUCGGUUCAUUAAGAAAAUCAAACGAGUUUCUCUAAAUUGAAAAUUAUACAUUAUCUUUUAAAGUUCGUCAUGAAUGAAAUCAAUAAGAACUUGCCGAAGCUCUGGCGAAGUGUGACUGCCUAUUUAUUUUGAGUCCUUAAGAGAAACACUGUGGUCCAUUGUGACUGACGAAAGUGUGGUUUUUCAGCUGUCCCCGACAAUGUUUACAUCUCUUAGUCACUGUUUUGCAAAGUAAAUCGGACUUUAGAUGUACGUUAGGGUUAAAUAAAUGCAGAUUUGUGUUAUAAAAUACUUUUUUUUUUCACUUUCGAAUCUCCUUUGAAUCGUCAGCACAAGUUAUGGUUUUUCUCCCACGAACUCAAACGUUUAUCAUAACUACUUUUACAUUACUUUAAUUCCAUACCGAAUGGGCUUUAGAGGAAGGGAACAGCUAAGCCCACGUUGAAGGAACUUAUAAUAAGAAAGAAGCCUAUAAAAAAUAAUAAUAAAAAAACUGGUAUAACUUAAAACCGGAAAAAAAAAAAGAAAGAAAAAUUGGUAAUCCGCAAAAAUUAACUCCACGGUCAAAUUUAAUUUAUAUCGGUUUCAAGUAAAAACGUUUGACUGUAGAUAUUGACAGUAUUGACUGUGGGAAAAAGGGACCCUGUAAAAGACAGGGAUCAAAUCCGGGGAUCAAAUUUAUUAAUUGACCAUAUAUUAAAGAGAGCGAGAUCUGAGGAAAUUGUAUUUUUUUUUCUGAUGUUGUUUCACCUUAUUUCGGCUUAGAUAAAUACAACAAAUCUGAAUGCAAUUUAGUUAAGAAUCGCAACUUUUAACUUAUUUCCAAGACGAAAAACCAGUUACAGCAACUAAUUAGUUCAAGCAAAAUGCCGGUCAUUUCCGUGAUUGUUAAUCCUAAUAUGUAACUCGAUUUUUGAAGGGUAGGUUAACCACGGUUUCACCAAGAUUAUAAUCAAAAUGCGAUCAAAGAGGUUUGCUCUCAUUGCAGUGAAACUACUGUUUUAAUUUUAAAGACAAGAAGAUGGUUUAGACUUUGAAAUAUUUGUUUUCACCAAGCAGGAAAAUACCAUUUGAAACGAAAGUGAAAAAUUAUUUUAACCUCUCAUUUUGCAACUGCUGAUAACGGUAUAUUUUUGCCUAUCUAACGAGGUAUCGGAGAUUGAGUUGUUGCUGAAUAUUGUUUAAAUAUAUGUUUUACACCUGCAAUGUUCCCAAUGAUUUACUGAAAUGAAAAUUUUUCUUUUAACCAUAAAAUUUCUUAUUAGUUAUUCACGAUUUGCACAUCUGCCAAAACACACCUUGCUUGCACCCCAAAAUUUUGCCGCAUAAGCAUAGUGUUACAUUUCUCUCGGGACCACUGUAAUACCCUAUCGAUAUAUCCAAAAGAGUAUCGAAUAGAAUUUCCGCGAAUUUUUCUCUUAAAAAAUGGGUUUAGAAGCAUCUCUCCAGUCAGAAGUAAUUAGGUUCGAUACUAUUGCUCCAGUUCUUGAAAAUGAGCGUUUGAAAAUUUCCAACCUACAGGGAAAUUCGCAGCGAUUUAAGUGGUAAAGGGCCAAAUGGGAGGUUUUUUGGCCCGACAAGCUCCAAAAUUACACUAUCAACGGAAAAGAAAUGGAGAAAAAGAGGCUAAUAGCUGACCGGCGCGUCUCCAGUAGCGAUCCCAUAAAUAAUAGCGGGACGCAUCUCGGUUCCAGUCCCCUUCUCGUAUCUAAAGUGGCGAUUUCCCCGAAGAAGUCAGGAUGUGCCCGACGAAAUAUUGGAAAGAAAAAGCCUAAGCUAUUUGCUGUACAACCAGCCUUGCGUUUUUACUGUUUGUUUACAACAAUGAAAAUUUGCUGAUUAGAUCCAGCAGGAUCCGCACCUUUGUUUUGUACGUUGACCCUAGCUACUUGUGACAAUAUCACCACCCCAUGCAACCUUAUCCUGCUUGCUGUUCAGGUUACGUCUUCACGGAAACUGUCUCAGUAUUGUCUUUAAAAAAUAACUAAAAUAACGGAAGAAGUAUCCGAAUAGUUUCUAUCAUUUUUAACUUAGUGGUGGGUCUGCCCUUUAUUGAUCUUUUUUUGACACUCGAUUCAGAAUGGUUCUUAAUCCCCAUAAAAAGGAGGAAAAAAACCGCGAAAAUUGAAGACUUGAUGGUCGUUCCGUAGCAGAUGGAAACUCUCUCUGACCACCACUCAUUUCAUCUAUAUAAACAACGCUUAGCUUUUAACUUCAUGAAAGUGCUUUGUUUAAGCUUUUCUUUUUAAAUAUUUUUAACGCAGAGCGAGGAUUUGAUGAUUGCCUUUUGGGGUCACAAAUAGAUGGAUAUUAUCGCUACGAACCGUUUGGAAGCAAGCAGGAGAGUCUUGAUAAAGCGGCCACGAAAAUUCAAUCUUCUUUCCGUGGCCACAGGGCAAGGCAAGAGAUUCGAAAGGGCAACGUCGCAUCCGAAGAAAACGACGCAGAAAAAAUCCAGGGAGUGGUUGAUGGUUUUGGCGGGAAACAAUACGGCAGUAAGGAACACGCGGCUGCCGUUCAGAUACAAGCUGGUUGCCGUGGUUACAUUACUCGUAAAGAGCUGAAGAUGCGAGACGAGGCCGCGAUCAAAAUUCAAGCUGGUUAUCGAGGUUACGCGGUCCGGAAAGGGUUGAAAGAGGGCUCCGUAAGGUCAAACUUGGAUAGAGUCGACGAAGAAGUUCCAAAGGCUAAUGAGGACAAUGAGGAGUUAGAGAGUAAUGAAGAGGUAGAAGCCGCGGCUAUUAAAAUUCAGUCCGCAUUCAGGGGCCAUCGAACAAGGGAAGCAGUGCUCAGUAAAAAAGAAAAGGAAGAGAACGCUACUGACACCAAAGAGGAAGGCAACAGAGCGACAGAAAGGGAGCGUGAUCUGUCUGCUAUUAAAAUCCAGUCAAGCUAUCGUGGUUACCACACCAGAAAACAGAUACAAGAAAGGGGGGAAGCAGCCACGAAAAUUCAAGCUUAUUACAAAGGUUACAGGGUCCGAGGGCUUCGUCGUGCGCAGUCGGAAGCUGCCGUCAAGAUACAAAGUUACUACCGAGGAUAUAAGGCAAGAGAACAGUUUAAAAAGAGUUAUUCCUCGAAAAACUUCCUGGCCGUUUCAAACGACGAUGAGUUUGCCCUUCACAGGGACAGUCGAACAUCGUUCAGUCUUCCCGAAGGCGUGAAAUUUGAGGGAACCCUUGACGAGGACAGCGACUCGGAGAUCGAUAAGAUGGUGGAUCAGUUGGAAGAAAAGCAGAAAUUGAAAGCAAUCGAAGAAGCUUCGAGUCCCGAUGCUGCAACGAAAGACAAGGGCGGUGAAGAUAAACCAACUGCUGAUUCAUAA